GGCUUGCCCGCGCCCAUGGCGGCUCGCUGGAUGGUGCUGGGCGCCCUGGCCGCAGCCCUGCUCGCCCCCCGGGGGACACACGGUGUGUGCAUCUCCGAGGGAGUCGUCCACGCGGACAAGUCGUCGUGGCGACCGCAGUCGUGUCGGGAGUGUACGUGUCACGACAAGGUGGUCAUCUGUGCGCCCGUCCAAUGCGUCAACCCAAAGUGCGACUUCCAGAGAGGCGAGCGCUUGAGGAUUCCUGCCGAUCAAUGCUGCCCGGAGUGCGUUUCCUCCAUCGAGGGAUCGUGCAACUACCAGGGCAUCACUUACGCCCAUGACAGUCAGUGGAGUCCUUCGCCGUGCACGAUAUGCGAGUGCUCCGCAAGUGUGGCAUCUUGCGGCCCCCACCGCUGCCCCGCCCUCAGUUGCCCCGACAACCACUACCCUUUCACCCCAGCCGGGGAGUGCUGCCCGAAGUGCGCUCGCAAUGGAGAGUCUUGCUCCUGGGAGGGUUCCGAGUACAGGGAUGGCGAGGAGUGGCGUCCCAGCCAGUGUUCCAGAUGCGUUUGCCACAACGGCGACGCCCGAUGCUCGGUGGUCGAAUGUCAGCGAGUUGUCUGCCAACACAAUGAAAACUUGGUGAUCCAGCCUGGUCAGUGCUGUCCUCAGUGCGACUCCAACCCGUGCUUGUCUGCCGGCAAACAGUAUCAGCAUGGCGAGCAGUGGCAAAAGGACGCCUGCACCACGUGUGUGUGCCAGCAUGGUCAGUCCAAAUGUCACACGCACACCUGCCGGCCGGUCACCUGCGAUAUGGGUGAGACCAAAGUACGGCGCGCCGGCCAGUGCUGCGACGAGUGCGCCGCCGCCCGGGGAAGCUGCCUCUACCAGGGCAUAGUGCGUUACCACGGCGACAUGUGGAACGCCAGCGGCUGCGAAUUCUGCAUGUGCAGCCGCGGUCAAGUCCUCUGCCACAAGGCCGAGUGCGCUCGCCUCCGCUGCCCGCAGGGGUCAGAGCUGGUUCACCCUCCAGCAAUGUGCUGUCCACAGUGUUCCUCACGGAAAGCGUCCUGUUUGCACCAAGGACAAUCUUACAAGGACUUGGAUCGCUGGACCGACGCCAGCUGCCGCGAGUGCGAGUGCCACAACACCCGAGUGACUUGCUACCUGCCGUCCUGCCCGAGCUGCCCGCCGGGCACCUUGGUCGUCGCCGUGGAGGGACAGUGCUGCCCCCAGUGUCACCAAGUUCCAUGUGACGCAGACUGUCAAUCAUGUUCCGGGACUCCCGAUCACUGUGACAGCUGCAAGGAUCCGAAGGCCGUCCUCCAUCUUGGUCACUGUCUGUCCGUUUGUCCCAGCGGUUUCUUCCCCGACGGCCCAAAGUGUGCAGACUGCCCUCCGUCUUGCGCCGUGUGCAGCAGCAGGUGGUCGUGUCAGGCGUGCCACCCGCAGCGCCCCCUGCUGAGCGCCGAUGGCAAUCAGUGCCUGGCGACCUGUCCCGCCGGCACCUACCAGGACAACCGUAAAAAGCAAUGCAGACGUUGUUCCGAGUCGUGCUCCGAGUGCGUGGGUGCGAGCCCGCGAGAGUGCUCGUCAUGUUCCGACCCAGCCGCCUUGCUCAAGGACGCCGAGUGCGUUCUCGACUGCGGCGAGGCUUUCUACAGUCAGGAUGGCGUCUGUCACGCAUGCCACCCGUCUUGCGCCUCCUGCUUCCCCGACAAGCCCGACUGCGUGAGCUGUCCGCCGAGCGGCAUGUUGCAUCAUGGGAAAUGCCUGCCGGCCUGCCCCGCUCGGCACUAUGGCGAUCACAGCAGCAGGUGCAGAGGCUGCCACAGCUCGUGCGCAUCAUGCUGGGGUCCGUCGGCGUCUCAGUGCACGUCGUGCGCACAGGACCUCCUCCUCCACCAGGGGCAGUGCGUGGAGGCGUGUGGCGAGGGCCUGUACCCUCACGCCCACACCUGCCACAACUGUCACCCGUCGUGCCGCUGGUGCGUGGGCCCUCUGGCCUCGGACUGCCUGCGCUGCCUCAAAGCCGCCGAGGUGCUCGCCCCGCAGUCGCGUGACCUUCACCCUCCGCGCGGAGUCUGCGCAGCAGCCUGCCCCGCCAACGCCUACGCCGACCACCGGCGCACUUGCGCAGAAUGUCACGCAUCGUGCUGGCACUGCACAGGACCGUCUGCGGACAACUGCACGUCGUGUCCGUCGCCGUCCAGCCUACACGAGGGACAGUGUGUGCCCGCGUGCCCGCAAGGGUUCUUCGUACAGGACGGCCAGUGUCAAGCCUGUCACCCGUCUUGCCAGACGUGUUCGGGCGCCUCCCAAGCCGACUGCACCUCGUGCCCCCCGCUGGCCGACCUGCAGGCGGGCCACUGCCGGACCGGCUGCCGGGAGGGCCGCUUCCUCCAUGCCUCCACGGCCCAAUGCAUCGAGUGCAGCCCCGAUUGCCAUCGGUGCACGGCCGACCUCCAGACAGGCGUCAGCAGCGUUUGCCUGUGGUGCAAAGGACCCGGCGCUGGUGCCUUGUUGCUAGGCGACCACUGCGUCCCUCGCUGUCCACGGGACCACUACGCCCGGCACGGAGCCUGCAUACGAUGUCACCAGUCAUGCGAGGCGUGCAGUGGGGCGGGGCCUCUUGCCUGUACUUCCUGUCAUGCCCCCAACGUUCUGCUUGCCUCUGGGGAGUGCGCCCCCCAGUGCCCAAUGGGUUACUACGACAACGGCCGUGGGGUCUGCGAAGCGUGCAAGCACCAGUGCCUGACCUGCGAGGGGGUGGACGCCUGCACUUCCUGCCGCGACCCCGCCAAGGUGCUGCUGUUCGGCGAGUGCCAGUACGAAGGCUGCGCCCAGCAGUACUACCUCAACACCACCACGCGCACCUGCACAGAGUGCGACUGGAGCUGCAAUGCCUGCCGAGGGCCCCUGCGCACCGACUGCCUGCAGUGCAUGGAGGGCUACGUGCUGCGCGACGGCGUCUGCGCCCACGGGUGCCCGCCAGGAUCCUACCGGGAUGGAGACAGAUGCCUCGGCUGCGAUGACGCCUGUGUGGAGUGCAGCGGUCCCGGGCAGUGCCAGCAGUGCCAGCCCCCCUACGCCGCGCUGCGUGGUCAAUGCGUGCUCCAGUGUGGCAGGAACUACUUCCUGGACGCUGACACGCACUCCUGCCAACCCUGCUCCACCGACUGCGUGCUCUGCGACGGAGUCGGACGUUGCCGAGCUUGUGGACAACAGAGUUACCUCAUGGAAGGAUACUGCACCCCCGACUGUGGACAGGGUUACUACGCCCAUCCAAAAAGUCGAACCUGCCAUGCAAACAGCAGCCCCCCGACGCUCCACAUCAACGGUUCCCUCCAGGUUCCCCUCGGCGGUUCAGUCCCGCUGACACCGACUCUCGUGCAAGUGAAAGAUGCCGACAGCCCGCUGGAGGCUCUCGUCGUCCAACUCGUCCGGCGACCCGCCAACGGCCGUCUGCUCGUCUUCCGAGGCGGGCGGGAGGACGAGGAGGAGGAGGAGGCGACGGGGGAACGCGAGCUGAGCGACCAGGACAGCUUCACGUGGGCCCAGUUGGGAAGCGGCCGAGUUCACUUUCAACACCACAAGGGCAAAGCGAGGACUGGUGAAUUCACUUUGCGAGUGGCCGACCCUCAGCUGGCGUCUCAAGCAGAAACGAUUCAAGUUCAAGCACUUUCAAUGCAGCCACCCAGGGUGCUGGUGUUAUCGCCCCUAUCGGUGGCGGGUCCCGGCGAGGCUGGGACCAUCACCAAGUCCACUCUUGCGGUGGACGAUCCCGACAACCCGGCGGACGUCUUGCUGAUGCUUCUGGAGGCUCCUCGCCACGGCCGUCUGACGCGUGUCCACGGCGACCAAUCGCUGAGCCGCUUCAAGCUGGAGGAGCUUUCUCGCGAGCGCGUGCAGUACGUCCACGACGGGUCGCGGGAGGCGCAGGACCACCUGGUGCUGCAGGUCAACGACGGACACAGCUACCAGAAUGUUCUGCUUCAAGUGCGCAUUAAUCAGAAGGCGGAUGACUCGCCCGAGCUGCGCUCCGUCCCGGUAACGUGGGUGAAAGCGGGCGGCAUGGUGAGACUUGGCCGCCAGCAACUGCAGGCGCACUACAAGGGGGUCGGUGCAGACCACAUCGUUUACACCAUCCUGGACUCUGACGAGCAACCCAAAUACGGUGAAAUAGUGCUGGCGUCCAUGCCUGCCGACGGUCCCCCCGAAGGUUGGAACCCGACACAGACGGACAACCGAGGCUUUACCGCUACCACCUCAUUCACCCAGCAGGACGUGGACGACGGCACCGUGUGGUACCGACACUUCGGCAGUGGGACGCCGGCCGACUCUUUCCGCUUCCAGGUAUCCACAGAAGCUGCUGCUGUCAGGCAAAGUGAACCGCAAACGUUCAGCAUCGGAGUCUUACCGCAAAUCCCCGGAUUCCCUCAGCUCGACCCGGACUGUGAUCUUCAAGUCACGGCUCUCGAGGAUCGUGUGACGGAGAUAACGCCCUCAGCUCUUUCCUUCAUGGACACCGAGACUCCCAGUGAUCGUCUCAUCUACAACAUCACCAAACCGCUACUGGCUGGACAAGGCGCCAUCGAACACCGCGACAGGCCAUACACAGCGGUCAGACAUUUCACGCAGGCGGACGUGGACAACGGCAAGAUUGUCUACAGGCCGCCCGCGGCCCCCUCGCAUCUGCAAGAACUCUACCAGUACUCCUUCAUCGGUCUGCCCGAGUCAUUGAGUGUCUACUUCACAGUGUCCGAUGGCGAGCACACGACUCCUGAGUUAGACUUUGCCAUCCUGCUGCUUUCCAACCACCAGCAGCCGCCGAUGUUUCAGGUUCUGGACCCACUCCUGGAAGUCGACAUGGGUGGGCAGGCCGCCGUGGGCGGCCAGCAGCUGGCGGUGAGCGACGCCGACACUUCCCCCGACGAGCUGGAGUUCGAGCUGGUGGAGGCUCCGGUCCACGGGGAGCUGCUGAAAAGCCAGGCCGGCACCCACGUCAGGAUGACUAAUGGCGACAUCUUCACCUUCGCCGACGUGACCCGCAACUCGCUGCUUUACCGCCACGCCGGUCUCUCCGGCCACGACGAUGACGCCUUCACAAUCUCGGUCAGCGACGGCAUCUCCAUGGCGACCGUCACCGUGCAGGUAGCGGUGCUGCAUGGUGGCGGCGGCGGAGCCAGCGGACACGGACCUCAGCGAGACCCUCACGCCGUACUUUCCAUGGAGGUGGGCAAGAUGAGCAGCACCGUCGUCAGACGUUCGCAUCUGGCCUACACGGAUGACUCAUCGCCAGACGAGCAGAUCCGCAUCCAGCUGGUGUCGGUGCCGAUGUACGGCAUCCUGACCAGGACUCCGGAGCAGCAAGAAGCGCAAGAACUGAGGGAAUAUUCCACUUUCUCCAUGGACGACAUCAACCGCGGAACCAUCAGAUACAUCACUUCGUUGGAGACGGGCAACCAGCCCAUCACGGACGUCUUCCACUUUGUCGUCUACGACGGCGACAACAAUCGUCUAGACAACCAGAUGUGCACCAUCACCAUCACCUCCAUUGCCAGGCAGCCGCCUGCCGUCACCGUCCGCAGUGGAAUCGAGGUCCAGGAGGGCAGUCGUGUGCAGCUGACAACCAAUCACAUCUUUGUAUCCGACCCGGACACACCGGGGAAGAACCUUCUGGUAUGGCUGGUCAGCCCGCCCGAGUACGGAUUCAUCGAAAACACCAAGCAAGGCGGUUCGGUGGGAGGUUCGCAAGCGAUCACGCCCGACACGCCAUUCUCUGUGGACGACCUGAAGUCGGAGCGCGUCUUUUACGUGCAGCGCGCAGGGCAGCCGGCGCGGCAGGACGCCUUCAGCUUCUACGUCAGCGACGGACACAGCCAGACGGAGGCCUUCAACGUCCACAUCGACAUCCAGGGCAAGCGGCAGAGUGAGCCGCUGGUGUCGGUCAGCAGCAUCCACGUGGAGGAGAACUCCGGAGUGGUGGUCACCAACGCGUCCCUCAGCGUCCUGGACCAGGACACGCCGGAGAACGAGAUUGUGUUCACCGUCGUCCGGAAGCCGUCCUACGGUAAACUCCGCCGGCGUCAGUUCUACUCGCAGCCGCUGGAGAACGGCCGCGUCCUCACGCAGGGAUCCACCUUCACCUACCAGGACGUGCUGGACCGCCUGCUGGUCUACACGCCCGAGACGGUCAGCGGCGGCGUGGACGAGUUGGCCUUCAGCGUCACCGACGGCGUCCACGCGCACGCCAACGGACGCCUGCGCUUCACCAUGGACGUCACCCGCAGCGAGGGGCCGCGCAUGACCGUCAACAGAGGCCUGCAGCUGCCAGCCGGUUCUUCGUCCAGGAUCACCGUGCAGAACCUGAAGGCGACCGACGUGGACUCGGACAGCCUGAGGCUGCGCUACGUCAUGACGAAAGAUCCUCCGAGCGGCAGAGUCCAGCUGAGCCGUAGCGGAGGCCUCGAGAAAGUUUCCACCAAGGGUCCCGUGCGCAGUUUCACGCAGGAGGACGUCAACCAAGGUCUGGUGCAGUACAGCCACGAGAAAGGCGAGAAGGGAGGCAGCCUGUCGUUCAAGUUCAACCUGGUGGACCCGGAAGGCAACAAACUCAUUGACCAGUCCUUCUUCAUCAGCGUGCUCGAGGACCGCCUGCCUCCAUCGGUGGUGGUCAACAAAGGCCUGGUCCUGGACGAGAACUCAGUGAAGAAACUGACCACGCUGCAGUUGUCGGCCAGCGACCAAGACAGCGAACCCGGCGAGCUGCUCUACCGCCUCACCAAGCAGACCGCCCUCGGACACCUGGAGCUCGCCGCCAACCCCGGCGUGCGAAUCGACAGUUUCACGCAGGCUGACCUGGCAUCCCGCAGCGUCCAGUACGCUCACACCAGCCAAGAAGAAAAGCACGCAGACCAGUUCUCCUUCACCGUAUCUGACGGCACCAACGAGGUGGCGCAGACGUUCUACAUCACCAUCAGACCCGUGGACGACUCUCUACCCAUUCUCACCGUUCCCGGUAUGCGCGUUCAGGAGGGCGUGAGGAAAACCAUCACCGAGUUUGAGCUCAAGGCCACCGAUGCCGACACAGAGGCCGAGUCCAUCGUGUUCACGGUGGUACAGCCGCCGCGCCACGGCGCCAUCGAGCGCACGGGCAACGGGCAGCACUACCGACCCACCUCCACCUUCACCAUGGACGACGUCUACCAGAACCGCGUCAGCUACAACCACGACGGCUCCAACUCGCUGCAGGACAGCUUCGCCUUCACGCUGGCCGACGGCACCAAUCUGCUCUUCGUGCUGCGGGACAGCGCCGGCAAGGAGAUUGUGACGGCAGCCCCGCAGAAGUUCAAGAUUGAAAUUCUUCCCGUGGAUGACGGCACGCCGCGAAUCGUCACCAACCUCGGACUGCAGUGGCUGGAGUACAUGGACAACAAGGCGACCAAUCUGAUCACCAAGAAGGAGCUGCUGACCGUGGACCCGGACACGGACGACGAGCAGCUGGUCUACGAGGUCACCGGCGAGCCCAAGCACGGCUUCCUGGAGAGCAAAGCGACACCCGGCGCCCGCGUCAGCUCCUUCACGCAAGCCGACAUCAACUUGGGCCUGAUCCGCUACGUGCUGCGCGAGGAGAGCGCGGGGGAAACCAUGGACAACUUCCACUUCCUGGUGAAGGACAGCAAGCCCAACGUGGUCGGCGACAACGUUUUCCACAUCCAGUGGUCGCUCAUCAGCUUCCAACACAAAAGUUACAACGUGUCGGAGAAGGCGGGCACGGUGGCGGUGACGGUGAAGAGGACGGGCAACCUCAACCAAUACGCCAUCGUGCUGUGUCGCACCGAGCAGGGAAGCGCCACCUCUGGUGGCGGGGCGGGAUCGCGCCCCGGCCAGCACGACUACGUGGAGUACGCCGGACAGGUGCAGUUUGACGAACGCGAGGACGUGAAGGUUUGCACGGUGGCGCUGAACGAUGAUGCGGUUUUCGAGGGCGUGGAGAGUUUCCACGUGGAGCUCAGCAUGCCCGUCUAUGCGCUGCUGGGCGCCAACACGCACGCUGUUGUCAACGUCAACGACACGGAGGACGAGCCCACGCUGGAGUUCAACCGCAAGACCUUCCACGUCAACGAGAGCGCCGGCGUCGUACGCGUGCCCGUUGAGAGAAAAGGUGACACGUCCAGCACAGUGUCGGCCCUGUGCCACACGGUGUCCAAGUCGGCUCAGGGCAGCGGCCCUCACGCCCUGGAGUCGGGUUCCGACUACAAGAGUCGCGGCGCAGGGCCCGAGAGCCGCGUGGUGCUGGGGCCCGGCGUGGCCAUGGCCACGUGCGACGUUACCUUGGUGGACGACAGCGAGUACGAGCUCUCCGAGGAGCUGCAACUGGUGCUGUCCCAGCCCUCGGACAACGCCCGCAUCGGACGCGUGGCCGUGGCCCAGGUGGUCAUUGACGGGCCCAACGACGCCUCCGCUGUCACUCUUGGCAACGACACCUUCACCUAUGGCGAAGACGCCGGCACCAUUGAAAUUCCGGUGCUGCGGCAUGGCAGCGACCUGUCCUCCGUGACGUCGGUGUGGUGUGCCACCCGGCCAUCCGACCCGCCCUCGGCCACCCCUGGCAUGGACUACAUCCCCAGCUCCAAGAAGGUGGAGUUCAAGCCCGGGAGAACCCAGGAGACGUGCAGUCUGACCAUCCUGGACGACGUCCAGAAUCCGUCCAUUGAGGGCUCCGAGUCCUUCGUGGUCUUCCUGAGUUCUCCGCAAGGGGCCGUCCUUCAGGAGCCCUACGAGGCCAACGUGGUCAUUGCCGACACUUUCCAGGACAUUCCCAGCAUGCAGUUUGAGAAGAGCGCCUACACGGUGAAAGAGCUCGACGGCGACCUGCACCUGCCUGUGGUGCGCACGGGCGACCUCUCCUUCACGUCGUCGGCGCGCUGCUUCACGCGCACCAUGUCGGCCGCCGUCAUGGAUGACUUCCGCGAGCGCCCCAACGUGGACGAGUCACGCGUCACUUUCCUGCGUGGCGAGAAGGUGAAGAACUGCACGGUUCACGUGAACGACGACUCGGUGUUCGAGCCCGAAGAAGAGUUCCAGGUUCACUUGGGGACGCCGACGGGGGACCACUGGAGCGGCGCCAUGAUCGGCGAGCGGGACGUCGUCACCGUCACCAUCACCAACAACGAAGAUGCUCCCACUAUUGAGCUGGAGCAGGCGUCAUAUCAGGUUCGAGAACCUCCCGGUCCGGACGGUGUGGAGGUCCUUAAUGUCAAAGUGAUCCGGCGUGGGGACCUGGACCGGACCUCCAAGAUCCGCUGCAGCACGCGAGACGGCUCGGCCCAGUCUGGAGUAGACUACAACCCCAAGAGUCGCGUCCUCAAAUUCACGCCGGGGAUGGACCACGUCCUAUUCAAGGUGGAGAUUGUGUCCAAUGAGGACAGGGAGUGGCACGAGUCCUUCUCCCUGGUCCUCGGCCCCGAUGACCCCGUGGAGGCGGUGCUGGGCGAGAUCACCACGGCGACCGUCACCAUUCUAGACCAGGAAGCUGCUGGGAGUCUCAUCCUUCCGGCCCCGCCCAUUGUGGUCUCCCUGGCCGACUACGACCAUGUCCACGAGGUGACCAAGGAGGGGAGCAAGAAGACGCCCUCGCCAGGUUACCCUCUGGUGUGCGUCACGCCCUGUGACCCGCACUACCCCAAGUUCUCGCUGAUCAAGGAGCGCUGCGAGGAGGCGGGCAUCAAUCAAACCCAGGUGCACUUCUCUUGGGAGGUUGCGGCGCCCACUGACACCAACGGGGCACGCUCGCCCUUCGAGACGGUGACCGACACGACCCCGUACACCGGCGUCAAUCACAUGGUCUUGGACAGCAUCUACUUCAGCCGUCGCUUCCAUGUGCGCUGCGUGGCGCAAGCCCGCGACAAGGCGGGGCACCUGGGAACGCCGCUGCGGAGCAACAUCGUAACCGUGGGAACCGACGGCUCCAUCUGCCACACGCCGGUCACCACCGGGACCGCACGAGGCUUCCAGGCUCAGUCCUUCGUCGCCACGCUCAAAUAUCUGGACGUCAAACACAAAGAACAUCCCAACCGGAUCCACAUCUCGGUGCAGAUCCCCCACCAGGACGGCAUGCUGCCUCUGGUGUCCACCAUGCCCCUGCACAACCUCCACUUCCUGCUGUCAGAGUCCAUCUACCGGCAGCAGCACGUCUGCUCCAACCUGGUCACCCUCAAAGACCUGCAGGGUCUCUCUGAGACGGGUUUCCUGGACGACGUGUCCUACGACAGCAUCUCCCUGGGUCCAGGCUACGACCGGCCGUACCAGUUCAACCCCAACGUGCGUGAGGCCAGAAGCAUCCAGCUGUACAAGCACCUCAAUCUCAAGAGCUGCAUCUGGACCUUCGACGCCUACUACGAUAUGACGGAGCUCAUCGACGUCUGCGGUGGCUCCGUCACCGCCGACUUCCAGGUCCGAGACUCGGCCCAGUCCUUCCUCACGGUUCAAGUUCCACUCUACGUGUCCUACAUCUAUGUGACGGCUCCGCGUGGUUGGGCUUCGUUGGAGCAUCACACGGAAAUGGAGUUCUCCUUCUUCUACGACACCGUGCUCUGGAGGACAGGCAUCCAGACUGACAGCGUCCUCUCCGCCAGACUCCAGAUCAUAAGGAUCUACAUCCGCGAAGAUGGGCGGCUGGUCAUCGAGUUUAAAACGCACGCUAAAUUUAGAGGCCAAUUUGUCCCAGAACACCACACUCUUCCCGGACACAAGUCACACCUGCUGGCGCCGGAGCACCUGGGAGGCAUCGAGUUCGACAUUCAGUUGCUGUGGAGCGCCCAAACCUUUGACUCACCCUACCAGCUGUGGAGGGCCACAAGCUCCUACAGCAGAAAGGAUUAUUCCGGAGAGUACACCGUCUUCCUGAUCCCGUGCACGGUGCAGCCCACUCAACCGUGGAUUGACCCUGGGGAAAAACCCCUGUCUUGCACAGCUCACGCUCCAGAAAAGUUCCUGGUGCCUAUUGCCUUCCAACAGACCAACCGCCCGGUCCCUGUGGUCUACUCGCUGAAUACAGAGUUCCAGCUGUGUAACAACGAGAAAGUCUUCAUGAUGGACCCGGCCAGUACAGAUGUCUCGAUGGCAGAGAUGGACUACAAAGGGGCGUUCUCCAUGGGUCAGACUCUGUAUGGCCGUGUGCUCUGGAACCCGGAGCAGAACCUGCACGCCGCCUACAAACUACAGCUGGAGAAGGUCUACCUGUGCACCGGCAGGGAUGGCUACGUUCCCUUCUUUGACCCGACGGGCACCCUGUAUAACGAGGGUCCACAGUACGGCUGCAUCCAGCCCAACAAGCACCUCAAGCAUCGUUUCCUGCUCCUGGAUCGCAAGCAGCCGGAUGUGUGCGACAAAUAUUUCCACGACGUCCCCUUCGAGGCCAAUUUUGCUUCGGACCUCCCAGAGUUGAACUCUGUGGCCGCCAUGCCGGGCGUGGACGGAUUUACCAUGAAGGUUGAUGCGCUCUACAAGGUGGAGGCGGGUCACCAGUGGUACCUGCAGGUGAUCUACGUCAUUAGUCCGGAGUCGCGAUCCAGCCUGAGGAUCGAGCGUUCGCUCUCCUCCCGGCCGAGCCGGCCCAAGCGCGACCUGGUGGACCGCAGCGGGCGCCUGACACUGGACGAGUCGCUCAUCUACGACAACGAGGGCGACCAGGUGAAGAACGGCACCAACAUGAAGUCCCUGCGUCUGGAGAGCGGGCCCGGAGGAAACUUCCACGCCCACGUGGGCCGCUCGGUGGGGGGCGGGGUGGCCGCUCUGGCCCUCCUGGUCCUGGCCGCGUUGGCCACCUGCCUCCUCUUCCGGCGGUGCCACCGGCAGGCCAAAGCACCAGCCAAGGCAGCGUACGAAGAAUACCCGCUGAACACCAAGGUGGAGGUGUGUAUGGACAAGUGCGUGGAGAAGAACUUCAGCAGCAAGCACUGCACCGUCACCAACGUCAACGUGUUCAAUCGCAACCACCAGCCCGCCGCCAACAAGGCCAAAGUCAAGCAAGUCAACCUGGAAGUCAAACUCCACAACAACCUCAACGACGGCACCGAGGUGUGAAACCAGAUAUUUGUUUGUUUGUCUUGUUUUUUUAAGCUAUUUUCAUAUCGAAAUGACAUAUUUGCUAAUGUAUUUUUGUACCACAUUGAAAAGGGAAAGCGUGUGAUGUGUCGAGAACUCGGAAGCAGUUUUUGUUGUUGUUGUUGCUCAUUCAACUGGGCUACCUCACACAUGCGCAAAGCACUCGAAAGCUAAUGUUGUCUUUUAUGGACCUGUUGGCUGUGUCCACACCAAGACGGCUAUUUUUAAAAAAAUAAGUCAAACUGAAGUUUAACCUUUUAAACUUGCGGUCGCUAGCUAAUGUUAAAGUCGCAACAAAACAUUCUCAUUAAAAAAAAAAAAAAAAAAAAAUCCCAUAAAUUAUUUUUUUAAUCUGUUUCUCAUUUAAAAAAUUCAAACUAUUGUAAAACUUUUCUUAAUUAAUCAUUAAUAAUAAAACUUUCGCAUGUUACCGCCAGCCUCACGAGUUGAAAUGAACUUACUUCACAAGAAAAAAAAGUCACGGUUUUUAUUUUGAAUUUUUUUCCAAGCAACAAAAGGCGCUUCAAGUUUUUUUAAACUUGAGAGAAAUUACACCAAAAAUGCUCAUUAAAUUUCAAAUUCCUUCCACAUAAAAUAUCGUGAAAAAAAUGUAUCUUUGAAAAUAAGCUUUUGUGCUGAAAUGAUUACGAAAAUGUCACCUUUUUCAUGUAAAUUUUUUUUCUCU